AAUUUUUACCGACUCCACGGACGUCAUUUGUAUUGGGUGAUUAGUUUUAGGUUCUACCCAUCAUCCAUCAUCACAGGCAGUCUUCUUCGUCCCGAAAGAUAAACCCUAACGAUCUGCCCAGCAAUGUCUAUGACGGCGGCGACAGGGUUGCUUCGGCGGGCGUCGUCCCAUCUCGCUCGUGUACCUAGCCCUUUUCUUCCUUCCGUGUCAUUUGACAGGCUUCUCAUUCCGGAAUCGUCAGUGGGAGCGGGGCCUCUCCCUGGUUUUUCUUCUCCUAGCUCCAUGGAGCUCAUGGCCGUCCCAAAAAAAAAGGUUUCUCCUCAUAAAAGAGGACUUCGGAAUGGACCCAAGGCCCUAAAACCUGUUCCUGUGAUCGUUCGUUGCAAGAGUUGUGGGCGAGUUAAGUUACCACACUACUACUGUUGCAGUGGAGAUAAGGGAAACAAUAAUACAGCAAACUGAUGGAAUAAAUGCAACAUUGGACAGAAAGAAAACAGCUCAACUAAGAGCCUUUUUACUAGUUGGUGUUUUAAACCUAAGAAGAUUUUAUUUCGUUCCUAUUUAGUUGCAGGAACUCACAGAGUUCAAGUCUGGAAAUGAAAUUUUUAUGAAUAUGUUAGAACCAAAUUAUAAUAUGGAAAAGUUAUGAACUUCCAGAUUGUGUUCAAUUAUCAAUGAAAAGUUCUAUUUUAAGACUGA